AUGGAUGUGAACGUUCUUUAUCUUGCGAUAGUGCUAGCUCUGUUUUGGCGCAUUUAUCGAUGGCUCACUAAAGAUCACGGUUAUUUUCACGAUAAGCCAAUACCGUCGCUGGCAGCGGUGCCAGUUUUCGGAAGCACUAGUGCUCUUAUGUUGAAGAGAAUAUCUGCAAACGACUUCGUUAAACAGAUUUACGAUAAAUUUGCUGGUGUAAAAGUAUUUGGCAUGUUUGACACCAACUAUCGUAUCUUUGUGAUUCGUGAUCCAGAACUCAUUAAGCAAAUUUCGGUGAAAGAUUUUGAAUUUUUCAUUGAUCGGCGACCAAUGUUUGGCGUAAACAAUAACGACAAUCCGAACAUGUUAUUUAAUAAAGUUUUAUUCUCGUUGAGAGGUCAAAAGUGGCGCGACAUGCGAGCUACACUGAGUCCGGCGUUCACGGGCAGUAAAAUGCGUGCGAUGUUCGAAUUAAUCACGCAGUACAACAGUGGAAUGAUUUCAGUCCUACGUUCGAAAGCUGCUGAUACGGGAUUUAUAGAUGGUGAAAUAAAGGAUUUAUUUUCUCGAAUUUCAACCGACAUUAUAGCGAGUUGUGCCUUCGGGUUACAGGUGAACUCAAUAGAGGACACAAAAAAUGACUUCUAUACGAUGGGUACUUCUAUGGUAAGCUUUUUCAGGACUUCUAUUAUAAUAAGAGUUAUGGGUUUUGCAUUUUUCCCAAAACUGAUGGAGAAAUUCGGAAUCGACGUCGUCGAAAGAAAGCAAAUACACUUUUUCUCGAAGAUUAUCAAAGAUGCUAUGCAAAACAGAGAAGCCCACGGUAUCGUUCGGCCGGAUAUGGUUCAUCUGCUGAUGAUGGCAAAGAAAGGCAUUUUGAAACAUCAGCAAGAAAAAACAACUGAAAACGAAGGCUUCGCAACCGUUCAGGAAUCAGACUUUGGGACGACUCAUAGUAAACCUCUUACGGAUCCGGAAAUUACAGCGCAGUGUCUGCUGUUCUUCUUCGCAGGAUUCGAAGGAAUAUCUUCGGGAUUGACGUUCAUGGCGUACGAACUAGCAGUGAAUCCUGAUGUUCAAGAGAAACUCUUUGAGGAAAUCACCGAAAUCAACAACCAGUUAGAGGGCCAACCGCUAACGUACGAUAUUUUACAAUCGAUGAGGUACUUUGAUAUGGUCAUGUCAGAAACUCUUAGAAAGUGGCCAAAUCCAAUGGUUGAUCGUUAUUGCGUCAAGGAUUACACGCUGGACACAGGAGAUGGAUUGAAAUUCACUAUUGACCAAGGGACCGCCGUCUGGUUUCCAAUACAUGGCAUCCAUUUCGAUCCGAAAUACUUCCCCAAUCCUGACAAAUUCGACCCGGAACGGUUUAACGAAACUAACCGGGGCAACAUCAACAUGGCUGCGUACCUACCAUUUGGAGUUGGUCCUAGAAACUGCAUCGGUUCCCGGUUGGCCCUGAUGGAGAUAAAGGCUAUCAUGUACCAGCUGCUGCUUAAUUUCAGGAUCGAACCGACGGAGCAAACGCGGAUUCCGAUGAAGCUCGCCAAUGGGCUGUUCCCGAACGUUAGACAACACCUGAGAUUGAAGCUGAGAAAUUGA